AAGUGCACCAUCUGGUUUUAUAAUCUGUGCUAUUAUCAACUUACUCGUAUACGACAGAAGUCAACUGGUUUAAGCCACCGUUUAAGACGGUGUAGUACUGUACUGGUAGACGGCAAGUGCUGUGAAGGAAUACUUUGAGGACGCGGUAGUCCGUAAAAGUUGUCGAGGAGAAUCACAUUGCUCGUAAUGAACCUACUGUGAUAUGCCAAUUCAGUCACCAUAAACAAUGAUGUCGGAAAAUUACAGAGUUCAGCUGAAGCAAGUCAAGCAAGCCAUCGAACGGUCCGCCGGCAGUGAACACCAGCUGAACGAACUGUUAUCGUUACGCGACAGUCUGGUCGAACUCAUCGCGCUAACCAGUGAUGGUCAAUCAGUUGAGCAGACCUCUCAAGAUCCGUUGGACGACGAAUAUGCUCUAUUCAAGGCAGAAAUUGAAACUACUAACAAAACAUCUGACUCAAAUAGUUGUGAUGAAGAUGAAUCAUCGUCUUGUGAAAUUUUAAAUAAAAGUUAUGAUAUUAAUAAUGUUCCUCAUGCACCAAUUGAAUUAAAUUCAAAUAGUAAUAGUUCUUGUGAAAUUAUCGAUAACCACCAUGAAACUACUGGAAUUGAAAACGAGUUGGCUAAUUUACAAGGAUCCAAGUGUCAAGCUCCAUUUGAAAAUGAAUAUGAUGAAACAUCAACUUAUCAUAAUGCACUCAUUAUGUCUGUUAAAAUUAAUGAUUCAACAGAUCAACAAUCAUUAGAUGACAUAAUGGUAACUGUAUUGUAUACAAACCCAAUAUGUAAUCAAAUGUUACCUUGCCAAUUUUUUUUAAGUGGUGAAUGUAAAUAUUCGGAUGAACAAUGUUAUUUUUCACAUGGAACUCAAGUUCCUCUGUCACGUCUCACAGAGUUCAAAGAACCGGAGUUUAAUAAUUUGAAAGUUGGAAAUCUAGUAUUAGCAAAAUCUUUUGAAGGUGGUCUUUGGGCAAGAGCUAUUAUUUUGGACAUUACACAUGGUACAUUAAAUAAUGAAGGAUCUUGUGUUGUUAAAUAUGAAACUAAAGGACUUGGAGAAAUAGAAGUUCCAAUGCAAAAUAUUUUUCCUUUAAAUGGAAAAGAUAAUGAAUCAAAUUAUAUUUCAUCUGAUAGUGAUGAUGCAAGUCAAAGUGUAGAACGUGAUAAAGCAAUAGUUAAUAAAGUAUUACUGAAUACAGAUCCAAUACAACCACUUGGCAGUUGGGAAAAAUACACCAAAGGUAUUGGUUCGAAAUUAAUGGUUAAAAUGGGAUAUAUUAUGGGUGCAGGAUUAGGUAAAAAUGGUGAAGGCCGAAUUAACCCUGUAGAAGCCACAGUUUUACCAAAAGGUAAAUCAUUAGAUCAUUGUAUGACUUUUAAAAAUACAAAACCAAUUCAAGAUGCUCGGAAAAAACACAGGCAACAUAUGAGAUUAGAACGAAGUAUGAAAAAAUCUUAUGAGAAAUCAUUGGAAAAGCCACCAGAUGUUUUCACAUUUCUCAAUAACCAAUUAAAUACUAAAAAUAUUAAUGAAAAUAAAAACGUGAUUGAUGAGAAAAAAUUAAAAAAUUCUACUAAACACGACUUGAAUGUUCGAAGCUUAAAAAUUGAAGAAGAUAUAAAGCGUCAACAAGUUACCAUACAAGAAUUAAAUUACAAAUUGAACCGGAGUACAGCUGGUUCAGUGCAAUACAAUAUGGUUAAUCAGAAACUGAGUGAAGCUAACAAACAUCUCACAAACUUAAUAGCUGAAGAUAAGUCUAUACAAAAAGAACAUAUCUACAGAGAAACCCACAAAAAAAUGACUGCAUUUUAAUAAAAGAAUACAAACUAGUAUCUGUAUUAUAAAAACUAAAUGAAAAUAAUGUCAAUA